AUGGUGAUGCAAGAAGCGCUGGAGCGGUUGAGGUUGGGGAGGACUAGCGUGGUGGUGGCUCACAGGUUAAGUACCGUACAUAACUGUGAUCUUAUUGUUGUGUUUGAAAAAGGAAAAGUGGUGGAGAAAGGGACCCACUCUUCCCUGUUGGCUAAGGGGCCCGCAGGUGCUUACUACUCCUUGGUCAACCUUCCUGGUCCAAAGACACAACCUUAG